UCCUCCAAAGAAUGGCGCCGGGGACGGAGGGAGGGAUUUGUUAUCCUGAGGCGAUGACGCGGUGUACUGUGUGGCAGACUGUGGGACCCGGAAAUUGCUCUGCUGAGAAAUAAGAAAGGUCGUCAGGGGGACACAAUAUUCGUAUUACAGUGACCAAAGGAUGACCCUGGGAUAAUGGGACAUGCCCUGUGUAUCUGUUCUAGAGGGACCAUCACCAUUGAGAACAAGCGCUACUACUUUAUACAGAAACUGGAUGAGGGGGGGUUCAGUUACGUUGACUUGGUGGAAGGGGAGCAGGAUGGCAGAUUCUAUGCUUUGAAGCGGAUCUUGUGCCACGACCGGGAGGGACGCAGUGAGGCCCAACAGGAGGUGGAGAUGCAUCAUCUCAUCAGCCACCCCAACGUGCUGUCCCUGACCGCACACACCUUCGUCGACAAGGGCGCCAAGUGCGAGGCCUGGCUGCUGCUGCCCUUCAUCCGGAAGGGCAGCCUGUGGUCAGAGCUGGAGAAGCUGAGAGACAAGAACAGUGUCAUGCCAGAGAGCCGUAUUCUGCACAUCUUCCAGGGGAUCUGCACCGGGCUCCAAGCUAUCCAUGACAAGGGCUAUGCACACAGAGACCUGAAGCCCACCAACGUCUUGCUGGACGAAGGUGACCGGCCCUUGCUGAUGGAUCUGGGAUCAAUGAACCGAGCGCGCAUCGAGGUCAAGGGGUCACGGGAAGCCAUGACUGUUCAGGACUGGGCUGCCCAGAGAUGCACCAUCUCUUACCGGGCUCCUGAACUCUUCAGUGUGGAGAGUCACUGCAUCAUCGACGAGCGCACAGAUAUCUGGUCCCUGGGCUGUGUGCUCUAUUCCAUGAUGAUGCUGGAGGGCCCCUUCGACCUCAUCUUCCAGAAAGGAGACAGCGUGGCUCUGGCUGUGCAGAACACUGUGACUCUGCCCGAAUCCUGCAGCAGGUACUCUCAGGGACUGCAGAACCUCUUGACCUCUAUAAUGGUGGCGAACCCUCAGGAGAGGCCUGACAUCUACUGGGUCCUAAACCAGUUGAAGCACCUGCAGCCCACAGACACCGUGCAGGACACCAGCAUGGUAUGAUGCCACAGACACCGUGCAGGACACCAGCAUGGUAUGAUGCAAGGCCAGGUCAUGGGGCUGCUCCAACCAGACAUGACACUUUUCUUAAGGGCUGCUGGUAAAAACCCUUUCCUGUAUCCUCAUUAUACCAUCCUCUUCCCCCAUAAGUGCUGGUCUUGUUGGGGGUUCAGUAAUAAGCAAGCUUCUCUGGAAGCUAAGAGGUCCACAUUCCAUCUUUAAUUAAAAGGACAAGCCCAGGUUUGCUCAGUCAUCCAGCACCACAGCGCCCUCUACAUUAGAUGUGCUGUGUGGUGGUGUUCAGAUCAUGAUCUGUUUUGUGCAGAAUAAAGGGUUCAAAGCAUUCAUCUGUGAAUACCAAUCCAGGAGCCCAGAAGACCUUACACCCUCCCACCCCAGCACUGGGACUUGGGAUAUGAACUUCCACACUGGUUGGUCAGAUUGUCUUCAUAGCAUCUGCUCUUCUUAAGAAGCCUGCCUAGGAACAAGCGCCUUAUAAUAGCUGUGGUUCAACAGUAUUUAUACCUUCCACUCUUCAGUACGAUGGUGAGUUUCAUUUGCUGGGUUCAAACAAUAUUAAGCAAGCAGUUCUUGAACUUCAUGUUUUACUGGAGACUAUUCAGGACUGAAGCAAGUCCACUGGAAGAACAUGCAUUCUCAAUAUACUGUGGUAUCAUUCUCUCUCGCUUGGGCUCAGAACCUUUGCUGUCUGUAUCUUUAACUUAGUGGACCUUGGAAAACUAGUGACUUAAAAUAGAGGGUAGUAAAAGUUCGACCAAACCCCCCUGGCGAUCCAGUACAUGUGCUGCUGUAAACAACUUCCAAUUGGCAUCUGUUAUACGUAUGUCGGUUAAAAAGGGGUCCGUUUUUGUCUUUUUCUUUUUUAAUGCAGGGCAUUUUUUUAAAAAAUUAUUUUAUAAAAUUGUCUGUUUUAGGGCUUCUAUUCCAUUAUGAAGAUGUCAGCUAGUCCAGGGGUGAUUGCAAAGUCAGCUGGCCAUUGUGUACACUGCUUUUUGUGGAAACAGACAUUAGGCGAUUUGAGCUCCUGUUUGCAGGUGUUAAUAAUGGUAAAAGAACAGCAUCUUUUGAGUCCGGUGGAGAAAAGCAGCAGCACCAGUCGGCCAGCUUUUUUUUGGGGGGGGGGGGAUCACAGGAACCCUGUAUUCAGUUGUGUGGUGUGCACGUUUUUAUUAUUAUUAGUAGUAGUAUUAUUAUUACAAUAUAUAUAUAUUUUUUGUUCAAGCUGUCUUACUGUGAUGAAUCUUGAUUGUAAACUGAAUGAACAGAUUUGUGUGUAUUUUAGAAUUCUAUUGUAAUACUAUUUGAAUAAGGUAAUGCAUAUCAGGGAUGUACCUUAAACAUGUAGAGGACAAGAAUUCAAACCCUCUGAUCUCAUGCCUGUUGAUUUUGUUUUCCACACUAUUGGGUAUUCUACCAGUUGUGUGGAAAGUGUAGUUUCAUCUCCAACCAACAUUUUGCAUUCCGAUUAAAUUGUCACUUGACCAAGAGAAUCGCAUUUUGUGUAAUGCUGUGUGUUUGCAAAUGUAAUGUUUAAGUAUUUUGUGGAGAGUGUUUGUUUGUAUCUUUUUAAAGUGAAAUGUCCACACCAUACACGUUAAUUACCUCAAGGUCUCAGAAGUGUGGUUUUGAAAGAAAUUGAUGUUUUGGCAAACCUAUAUUUAUUUAAAACCUCUAGAACUGCACUGGGUUAUACAUUUAGCCUUGCACUUGCAUGGGCAUUUCACAUUGUCCUCACCUGUUCAGUGCACCAUUCCUCUCAGUAACCAACCAGCUGCUUCCCCCAAUGACUGACAGUAAGCUGCUUGACCACGAAGACCUAGAAUCUCAAAGGGAAGGCAAGCUUUCCUUUAUGCUCAAUGGAAUGGCACAACAGGUAAGGUUUAUGAAAGUAUUUGGUUACAGAUUUAAGCACUUCUUCUCAAAGUGAGUCAUGAAGACUCCAAUCUUCUGUUGUCAUCCAGUUAGUGCAUGCAAAAUAAUCAACUGACAAAAAUUCCAAUAUUAAAUGAAAAUAAAAUUUGUGAGUACUAUUA